ACGUGGUGACGUGUGUUCUCCGCCGCCUGUUGGUCUUUCACAGUUGGUGACGAGUAUUAUGAAAAUGGCCUCAACCCUACCCGUGAGCACGAAUAACCGGAGAAGAUGACGACGCUGAGCUUUUCAAGUCGGUUGAACACCAAAGUGUCUUCUUUGAACACCCAUAUAGCAGUGAAGUAAACAAAAACAAAGGGACUCUCGGCAAAGAAACGCCUAAAAAUACCCCUGACCACCGCAUAUUUUCGUAGGGCUGAGAGGAGCCACUAUGGAGGAUAUCAACUCUAAUAUCAACGCGGACUUGGAGGUGCGGAAGCUCCAGGACUUGGUGAAGAAACUCGAACAACAAAACGAGCAGCUCCGGAGCAGGUCUACGAUGUUGUCUUCGUCCGGACCGAUGUCAGGGAUCCACAGACCCGUGAGCGCCGGAUACGACUCGUCGUCCCUGUCAGCAGGGAUGGCAGCCGGUCUGGCCGGCUUCCCUGGGGUGGGGUUCGCUGGAACGGGCGGCUACGGUGGGCUGUUGGAGAACAACCGCUGUUUAAACCCCAGACUUUCUUAUGACGGCAUCAGUUUCAGGAGGGCGUAUGAGGGUGAGGGGGCAUCUGCUGCCACCUCUUUAUCGAGUAUGAACUCAUUUUAUUCAGACACUAGCAGGGGCUUCACGGAUGAAGGGGAAACCUCAAUUCUAGAUGAAGUGGAAAUCUUAGAUCUGGAAGACAUGGACUGUCUAAACGAAGACGAGGACAGCUGGUUAUAUGAGGCAAAGCUGAACAGUCCCCUGCAAAAAGCCUUGAGUCCUAUCGUGUGGUGCCGCCAAGCUCUGGACAAUCCGAGUCCCGAGAUGGAAUCAGCCAAGCGCUCCCUCAUACACAGACUGGACCUCACCAUGUCAGCCAACAAGCGCCGGAGCUUGUAUGGAAGUCCGUACAACCAGCAGAGUUAUGGAAGUCCUUAUAGCACAAAUGCAGCCAACAGCCCUUACAGCAGUGGCUUCAACUCCCCCUCCUCAACCCCAAGCAGAGUGCCCAUCGUGCGACAGCAACUAAUGCCCAGUAACGCAAUUCAUCAGAGAAACUCUGCAGCAGAGAGGAAUCCUCCUGCAGUUAGUCCGCAGUCAUCGGUGGACAGCGAGCUGAGCACGUCAGAAAUGGAUGAGGACUCAGUGGGAUCCUCAACGACCUAUAAACUCAAUGAUGUCACUGAUGUCCAGAUAUUGGCACGCAUGCAGGAAGAGAGCUUGAGACAGGAAUAUGCUGCAACAGCAUCCAGACGGAGCUCGGGUUCAUCCUGCCACUCACUGCGGCGCAGCACCUUCAGUGACCAGGAGCUAGAUGCUCAUAGUCUGGAGGACGACGAGGAGGCGGUGCACCCGGCCUUUCACCUGCCCUCCAACCGUUUCAGCCCCUCCCCUCGCCACUCUCCCCGUGCAUCCCCGAGAAACUCUCCCCGCUCUCGCUCGCCUGCUCGUUCCAUCGACUAUAGCCACAGCCGGGGUUCUCCUCAGCCCAUCAUCAGCCGCCUGCAGCAGCCUCGUCACUCGCUGCAGAGCCACGGGCAUGACCUUCAGACUAAUGUGGUGAAAAAUGAAGAAAAACUGCGCCGAAGUCUUCCUAAUCUUACACGCUCCUCGGUGGCGGCGGCAGUUCAGGCCCCAGAGCCCGUGAAGAACAGUCGCAGCUGUGAGUCCAACCUGCAAGUGCCAAACGGCGGCUCCCCCCGACACCAGAGCCAAUCUGCCACAGCACCUCAGCUCCCGAAAUACUUGACCCCUUCUCGCACCUCACUGAAACCCAAACAGCAGCUCCAAAGCCCCACUGCCCUACGAGUCCCAUCUCCCAGUAAACUACGGACUCCUGCCACCCCAUCACCACUAGCCUUGCGGCAACCGGUAAAGGCCACAUCUACCCCCAAUUCUGCCACCUCCACCCCCACCCGCUCCCUAGCUCCUCCACGCAGUGGCCUGCCCCGACCUAGUGCUUCUACAGGAGGAGGAGGAGGAGGCGGUGGAAUCCCUCUGCCUCGCAGCAAACUGGCCCAACCCGUGCGCAGGUCCCUUCCUGGUCCGCGGACGUACAGCGGCGGCGGUGAGAACUGGAGAGAAGGUUGUUACUAAGGCGGGCCACCAGGGGGCUCUCCAGUCAAAACUAUCAAUAAAAGGAGGAAAUAUUUUAA